AUGAUGUCUGCAGUUCGAAUACCUGUUGAGUGGGGAUUUGGUAAAAUUGCAUCCAAGUUUGCAUUCAUGGACUUUGAAAAGAACUUGAAGAUGUUCUUGCAACCUGUCGCACAAUACUAUUUGGUGUGUGGAUUGCUCCUAAACGCUAUGACAUGCAUGAGAGGAAAUCAGACUAGUAUGUUUUUCAACCAGUACUUCACAAAUCAGGCUGCUCAACAUGAUCAAAACACUUGUUUUCAUUGUAAUACUUAUGGUUAUGUAAGUGUGUUUAAGCAAAAAACAUUGGUUACCGUGAUUCUUGACCAACUCAUUUUUAUUUGUAGGCAUAGAUAA